AACGGGAGAAAGUUAUAAACGUGCAACAUAUCUUUUGGUCGCGCACGUUAUCCGAGAAGUAAAACGAUUUUGUGUUCAAUUUGAGCAUUUUGAAUAAGUAUGAGUUCUGUUGUGGUGAAGGAGAAUCAGGGAGUAUGUGCUGUAUGGAAGAACAGCAGUUUUGAAGACCCUUGUGACAUUUUCUCUUUGGAGCAACCAACUGGCAGGCCCUCCAUCUUGCAGCAAUCACAGGCUGACAACAUUAGCAAGACUGUAAAUAGAGGAGCAAAGGUGUGUUUUCAGACUCCACGGCGAAACCUAAUCACAAAGAGGAUUAUGUCCCCAAGCCGCACCAGCAGGAUCACCAGCCAGGAAAACGGCACUAAUGCACUGGAGACUCACACAUCAUCUUCUACUGACCAGGCUGUGAAUAGCACUUCUACCCCAGUCAACAUGCAGGGUAACAUAGAUUUCUACACUGAUGACGACAUUCCUAUUCAGAGCAAAGGGGCCUACAAACUUGACCUUGACAACCUAGAUGCCAUCAACCCUUUUCAGGAGUCCAAUAAAAUGGCGAAUUCCCCUCCUAAAUCUCUUUUGGCAAAUUCCCCAUCUAAAUCUCUUUUGGCAAAUUCCCCUCCUAAAUCUUACAUUUCACCUGUGACUUAUGAGCUUCUAGAGUCAGAUGAAACUGCAGCCCCUGUUUCUGCACCCGAGGAUAAGGUUCCAGAGAUGACUGAGACUGCUCUUGAUGAGACCCUUCCCUUUUCCCCAUCAGUGGAGAAUGCACUUGCAGAAUGUUCUGUUAACACAUCUUCAGCAGAGGCCACUGUAAUCAUCAAGACUGAGAACAUUGAGAAGAUUGUUACAGACUUUGAGGAGACUGAUAUCAUGGAACCAGUGCAAGUAUAUCCGCAGAUUCGUGUUAUGGACAACCAGCCUGAGGCCCAGGACUUGCCACUACCCUGUGCGGGAUCAUACAACUUGGACUUUGACAACCUUGAUUUGCUUGACCCGUUCCAAACUGGUGGCUCAAAGAUCCCCAACUCUCCUCUGCUUUGCAAGACAUUAGCAAUUCUCAAUCCACCCUUGUCAAGCCAAGAAGUCAAGGUGGAACCGGUGAUGUUAGUCCAGGCCCAUCCAACAGCCCCUGAUGUCCGCGCUCCCUCUCAGGAGAGUUCCACCUGCGCUCCCUCUCAGGAGAGUUCCACCGGCGCUGAGGGCUCCUCAUCUCCAUCACCCCCAAAAGUGAACCAGAUGCUUCUGGAGUUUCAUUUUGAUGAUGGUGCUGAAGUGAAGCGCAAACCUCCUCCAAAACGGCUUGGGGUUAAAAGACCUACAGAUGCCAAACAGGUCCCCAAAAAUAAAAAAUCAGCAGUCACAGAUAAGGAACCAGAACUCAAGCAGGUGUCUCCUAAUAACCUAGAGCAGACAGAACCUUUGGACAUUCCUGCUGCUAAAGGAUCUUACCCCUUUGAUUUUGACAAGUUUGAUGACCCAGACUUUAACCCUUUUGGCACAAAGGCUAAGAUGAGUAGCUCUCCACCAUGUUGCAUCCAGACCAGCCCGGUUUUGACAAAGACUGCAAUUCCAGUACAGCAGCCUGAGGCCCCUGCACAGGAUGAACAGCCUGAGUGCCGGUCUCCCCAGGCUGCUUCUGAAAAUAUAAAAAUAGCAGAAACUGAGAGUUCUGUUACUGUGCAGCAAGCAGAAGAUGUGGAGUCAUUCACUGCCUCCCACACUAACUUGACUCAUAGUCCAGCCCCUCAGGACCCGGAGGUCACUGUGACCCCAGAACCCAGGCCAGACUUUCAGAAUCAGACUUGUGACUUUGGCAUACCAAGUGAAGAUGAGUUUGUGCAUGGUGCAUUGUUCAUGCCAGGAGGAGAUUUUGAUGGGCAGAUCGAUUACUUGGAGCAGUUUGGAUCAAGCAAUUUCAAGGAGUCAGCCUUGCGGAAGCAAUCGCUGUAUAUGAAGUUUGACCCACUGCUGAAAGACAGUCCAAAGAAAACCGCAAUGGAGAGUGGGAACUAUGGAUUCAGCAUGCCAAGACCCUCACUUGCCAUCAGAAUGAUGGAGGCUGCAAAAUCAGAGGGAAAGCAGAAGUCUCAAUGUGAUAGUGUGAAGCUGCUUUACAAUCUGCCUCCACCAACAGUGGACAACGUGGUGCCAGAUCCAACUGUCCUGGAUUUGCUGGUUCCCACCUUUAAACAGCCGUUUAAGAUGGAAGACUCCAUCAUAGAUGUUCUGAAGUACAGUCAGAGAGACUUGGAUGCUGCACUUCAGAAAGCAGACAGACAGGCAGAGGAGAGGCAACAAGAGCUGAAGUCUCAGAUUGAAGCAGUGCAACUAGAAAAUCAGCACAUGUUAUUUAUAGUGUCAGAGUUUGAGGCCACCAUCACUCAGCUCACAGAUAAACAUAAACAGAAGGAAGAUUUGGCUAAAAUAGAGUUCGAACAAGUCCUUCAGGAAAAAGAUCAGCUGGCCAAAGACUUAAAUGAUUUGGAACAAUCUUUUUCCUCUAUUGUGAAACGCCUUGACAGAUGCAAGGAAGUUAUCGAGGGAUUCAAAAAGAAUGAGGAGACUCUAAAACAGUAUGCCCAGAACUGCAUGGACAGGCUGCAGAAAGAAGAAAAGCGUUAUCAUGCUCUUAAAGCCCAUGCGGAGGAGAAACUAGAUCAAGCGAAUAAGGUGAUAGCAGAGUUGCGCACUAAGCAGGGUGCAGAGGUGGCAACUCUUCAAAUACAACUCAAGAGAGAACAGCUGAAAGUUCAGUCCCUAGAGAAGGAUCUGGAACAAAAGGCUAAAGAAGUCAAUGAUGUCACAGAACUGUGUGAUGAGCUGCUGCAUAAAGUGCAGAAGCAUGGCUUUUAAUGUGUUUGCCUUUAUCUUUGUUGUUUGUUAUGUUUAUUUGUGUUCGUUAUACGCCGUUUUAAUAAAUAAUAAAUGAAGUCUGGAAGCACAUUGUCUUGAACGUCAAUGAUUGAAAACGUAUGUUGGGUGAUUAUCGUAACCAUAAGGUUAAGGCAGCUGAUGAAAGACUACAUCCUCCUAGUCACCAGUCAUUUCUUUGAUUCAGUUGUGGCUUUUUAUUAGUGGUGAAUACUCGGGGCCAACAA